CUACAGGUGUUUAAAAGGCAAUUUGCACAAAAAUCUAACAUGAAUUAUGACCCAUUUUAAAUUUUUUCAAAGAUAAUAACACGGAUCUAGUAUAGAAUCCGGGUGCUCCGAAUUUUGUAAAAUCAUUGGUAAGUUUUCCUAGCACAAAAAACAACCUAUACGAGAAUAUGAGAUACAGCCCUUACACUUUAAAGGUAUGCCAUAAACCACCCCUCACCAGUCACCACCACCCGAUUAACAAAAUACUAAGCUUUAAGGAUUUACUGGCAAUUUGCGAUUGCUGAAUUUGCCGGAAUGUCGAAUGCUGCCGACGUAGACGCGUUGGACUUUGAGCCCGAUGACGACGAUCUCAUGGACGAAGAGGCCGCCGUCGACGUCGAUGCCUCUUCUCCUGGUGCUGCUGCUACUAUCCCUAAACUUAAAUCCGCUAUCACUGGUGGAUCUGCCGCCGCUGCCGCACCGAAGAAAACUAAAGGCCGUGGUUUCCGUGAAGAAACAGACACCGGGCGAAGUAACCGUAUGUCCGGUCGUUUCGAUUCCCUCGAUUCCGAUGGCGGACCCGGUCCAGAACGAUCAAUUGAAGGAUGGAUUAUUCUAGUUACUGGAGUUCAUGAAGAAGCACAAGAAGACGACCUACAAAAUGCAUUUGGAGAAUUUGGGGAGAUCAAGAAUCUGCAUCUAAAUCUUGAUCGAAGAACUGGAUUUGUUAAGGGCUAUGCACUCAUUGAAUAUGAAAGUUUUGAAGAAGCAGAGAAAGCCAUAGCUUCAAUGGAUGGAGGUGAGCUUCUCACUCAAACAGUCAAUGUUGACUGGGCAUUCAGCAGAGGCCCUUUUAGAAGGAAAAACAACAGAAGGAGAUCGCCACAUGGGCAUCGUUCAAGAAGCCCUAGAAGAAGAUUUUGAUUUGUAUGCUUUUCAAGCAACCAAUUAGGGUUUCAAUUGUACUAGUAAACUCCAUAUGCAAGAGAGGAUUCUUUUCUUGUUUUUACUUUUCUGAUAUUUCUGUAAUCUGAAGCUUUUUAGACCAUUUAAAAUCAGUUUUUACAAAAUGCGUUUGUUCUCCAUGUAUAAUUUUUACAAUAGAAGCUUUCAUUUUUACAAGAUGCUUAUUGUUUUAUGUUUAAGCCUGUUAUAUAUACAAAACUAGACUAUUUAAGUUUGGGUAAAUUACAUUUUUGGUCCAUGUCUCUGUUUUUUUUUUUUUUUUUUCCAAAAUGUUUUCUAUUGCAUAUUAGGUCCUUAUUUGAGGUUGUUAUAACUCUUUGGUCACUAUCAC